ACCUAUGUCUUGUGACGCGUCCUAUGAUUUAUUUUAACGCAUGAACGUAAGAUAGUCACAAGCCUAUAUACAAAGUCGUGAUAUAAAGACGGUCACUUGCUUCAAAAAUGAAGUCGCAUACGGAUUUUCAGGUGUUUAAAUCAAGAAAUAUUGCUUAUUGUAGUUAUAGCAAAGAAACAAGCAAUUUGACACUCUGUUAUGAUUUUACAUUAAACCAAAAUUGCUCGUGUUUACGAAAUGUGACAAAGGAUAUCGUAUGUCGGGAAGACUUGUACGAGAACAUCACAGAAGCUCUGUCUUGGGUUUUAUUAUUCAUGAUACUUGUCUUAGCAGCUGAGUUGGUAGCUAUAAGAUUCAGGCGCUCGUAUCUGGACAAUACAUUUGGAAGCCUGCUGUUUUCAAUUGGAAUUAUAUGCAGUGUUACUACGCAGUUGUGCAGCCGACACUUUUUCAAACACAACAACAAAAUCAUAAUCUGGCACUGUAUAGUACAGAACAUAGUAUCAAUGUUCGCAACAGUAUUCGGGUAUCUCUUUUUAUUCGAAAAGAGUACUCGCGUCAAUUUCGGUUUACGUAACAGGGGAAUGGGGCUAGUCAUUGCUGUAGUUACGCUCUGUUGUUGUGUUGGGGACAUUUUUCUUUUUGUUCGGCCAUCAAAACCAAAGACGGCACAUUUGCUUCGUCUUACAUCAUGUUUAUUGCUCAAAAGCUCGUGCAAAGUGUCAUGUACAAAUCCAUUCGUCAAUGUAUUCCACGGAUGAGUGAUUUUAAGUACGGAACAAGUUUUUACUUCAAGUUUUUGGCCCUUAUAGACUUUAAUUUAUUUUUGAACGGCUUUCCUCCCACCAAUGUGCCAUUACACAUGCUCAUUCCUAUUGAAAGUACGAUAGGCAUCGUGCAAUACAUCCUACAGGCGUUGAUCAUUUAUUACCAGUUUCUUUUCACAGUGUGUUUUUUGAAACACGCAUGCGACGUUUUGGAGGAUAAUGACUGGCCACACAUAACAAAAGUUGAUGACGAAGACUUCGAGGAUUCUCCAAAGCGACCACAUUACAUCAUUGCUGCCUUAUUGUUCAGUGUAAUUUGCGUCACCAUGGAAACACUGCCUGUUGUUCAAUCUUGGUAUAAAACUCUACCUGUGUAUUUGAACAUUUUACCAAUUUGUGUUGACGUCAUUCUAGUAUUUUUUUCGAUUAUGUUGCUGCUGAAAAUGGACAUUCCAGUUCACCAGAACAAAAAACUGGAUUACAUUACUACUGCAUUCAGUAAUUUAGGUGCCGUUUGCGUAUUCUGGUAUAUUAGUUCCGGUAUAAUGUUAUCAGCUUGUUUAAAGUACAAGGUGGCCUCUUCAAACUUUGGGUGGAGUGUGGCAGUUAACUUUGCAAAUGGUCUCACAAUGCUAUUCGUCAUUCUCCUGUUCACGGGAGUGACAGCAGAAACCAUGGAGUUAGCACAAAACCACAAAUUAAAGAACAAUUUUCUUGUCACAGCUACUUGCGGUGGAUUGAUAGCAAAGUUUGUGGCAUCGAUUGUACAAAAGUUCGACCCAAUGCUUUUGCACUGUGUCAGUCGUCAUUUAAUUAGGCAGGAUUCCCUGGGAUUACAUUAUUUCUUCGCUGUGGGACAGAUAUUUACGAUUAUAGCCUACACACAUUUCUCUUUGCACUUCAUGUUAAUGGCACUACGGCUGUACGAAAAACCGAAGAUUGAAAGUGAGUAUAAUUACAUUGUGGCAUUAACUGGAAAUGGCGAGAGUACAACCAACAUAAGUGUGACUUACCCGCAGAUAGAAAAAACAAAAUACAACACAUAACGCGGGAGAAAUGAAAACAACCGAAAGAGAGAACUUAAAACUGGACACUUGACCGGUGCGUUGCUUCAAAAUUAUCACCUUGAUAUAAGUUGAGAAAACGUUGAGACUUUUUUUAAACAUGGAGGAAAAUUACAAAGACGACAUUCAACGUCCAUCCCAUUUUUGGACAAAGAUCUAAAGAUUCUGCGAGUAGAAUUAUGUAAUGACAAAAAUAAAAAUUUCGUGACAUAGUAGGCAAUAAAACAGCCUUUUACAAAACGAUUUUAACAGCAAAUUGCAUGUCAUUUCAACUUCUAGUUUUUUUAUAAUUGUGUUAUAUUGUACUAAUUAGCUAGUUCGUUACAGAAUUCAUAUUAAGCAGGAUUCGCAUUGAUAACAGAUCUCUUGUAAUUUUACAAUGUGGAGUGUUUCCAUGUGACGUUAAGCGGCCACGUUGUGGGAGUACAUCAAAUUGCCGAUGCUCAACAGAGCGUGAAACUAACAUAAAUUCUUUGCAUUAUAUGCGAUUUUCCUCCAACAUGGUCAAUGAUGAAAACACUUCAUUAUCAACUGAAUAUCCUGUGAAAAUCUACCUUUAAUACGUAAAUAAAUAAAUAAGCAUGUUAUUUUA